AGCCAGUAACAGCCAGUAAUCAAUGGCACGCUAAGGGGUUGAAUUGUACUAUUAUUAUUUUUAUUCCUAGUGCCCGGACGGGUUUUAAGUGGAACAUGGAAAGUGGAAUUAGUGAGAACAGAUAAUUGACUUUUAUUAAAUUACAUGGAAGGGUUUAAUAUAUGUUUGUUUAUUGACAAACGAUGAGUAACGUGUGUUAAUGCAUCAAAGUCGAGAUUUUUUUAGAAAAAUUGAAAAAUGGGGAGCGGAAAUGUUGGCGAAGUUCCAACAAUAUUUCAUCCUCGGAGAUCUCGAGGACCCAGCAUCGUUCUUAGCGAGGAUCAACCCAAACAUGGUCCUUAUGGCAGUCCUGCUCAAGUUUUGCUGGAUUCUUCAGGUGGAUGCGGGGAUUCCUUAGCAGGAUGCAGGUCACACGACUCAGAUGGUAACAUUUGCAGCGGAGGUGGGGGAGGAGGUCAAGGUCACUGUCAAGGUCAUGGACAAGGUCAACCAUGUCCAUCGGUCAUCUACCGUCAUCGGCAUAGUCCUUCUUUAGCAAAUUGUUACGCAUCCUGUUGCGCCGAAUCUGCAAAAAAGAUUUAUUUUGGCGUGUGCGUUACGAUAUGUGUCACUGCAAGCUGGGUAGGAGCCACACAUUGCAUAAAAUACCUGUAUUUUCAUAAGCCGGAGAUCAUCAGCCAGACUUCGUCCUCCAAUUCUUCCGUGACUGGACUCUAUCAAGAACACCUGGUGCUUCCCUACAAUGCGCCUUUCUUCACGACGUGGUUCCUCACCAAUUGGGCAGUUCUUUAUUUUCCAGUAUACCUCUUAUGUCGAUCAGCCACGACAAAAUGUUCGAAUCCUUCCGAAAUUAUUGUGGAAAGCCUUCGUGGUUUCAGGGACAAGGGAUUAUCUGGAGGCAGAUUUUUAACCAGAUGUAGUCUUUUUUGUGGUCUUUGGGUGGCAACUAAUUAUAUGUACAUCCACUCGUUACGUAUCUUGUUUGCGACGGAUGUUAUGGCACUUUUUGCUACCAAUGUGGCUUGCGUCUAUCUCUUAUCCUGGGUCAUACUUCAUGAGCAAUUUGUUGGCGUCAGGAUAGUAGCAGUCAUUUUAUGUGAUACAGGAAUCGCUCUUCUGGCUUACAUGGAUGGAAUAACAGGAAGUCCCACCCUUUCGGGAGUCGUACUUGCUGCUGCCGCUGCUGCAGGUUCAGCUGUUUAUAAAGUGUUAUUCAAAAAAGUGAUAGGAGAAACUACCUUUGGUCAAGUUUCACUUUUCUUUUCGGUCAUUGGACUCUGCAAUGCUGCCUUACUUUGGCCGGUUUUUUUAGCAUUGUACUUUUCCGGAGUCGAAACUGUACAAUGGGCCAAAUUACCUUGGGCAACUCUACUUGCAGCCAGCAUUCUUCACCUAAUUGCCAACAUGUUAGGAAAUUUCAGCGUAGCACUGACAUACGAUCUUUUUAUCACACUGGGUUUAAUAACAGCCAUUCCGGUUUCAGCUGCUCUAGAUGUUGUUCUAUAUGGAGCUAACUUUGUCGGUAUGAAGCUGGCAGGGAUGAUUUUAAUAGCAGUUGGUUUUUUUCUGGUGAUGUUCCCAGACAAUUGGCCUGACUACAUCACUCGGCUUCUUCGGAUUCCUGGAAAAUGCUUCAUCUUAAAGCAUUGCUCCAUUUUGCAUAUAAGUGACGUAGAUCGUUGUCAAUGAUUAUAAUUAUUUGCAAACCUCUUUUCAAUCUAAUUUGUUUACAGUAACUAGAAAAUGAAGUAGUCUAGGUAUUUGUACUACUAAAUCAGUGUAGAUAUAAAUUAGAAAAUUAGUA